GAGUCGAGCUGGAGGCGGCUUAUGGGGGCACCUCAUCGCUCUCUGCAACUACCUGAAAGGAGGAUGGAGCCAGGAGGGGGCUGGUCUCCCAAGGAACAAGGGAUAGGGCAAGAGGAAACGGCCUCAAGCUGCGCAUGGGGAGGUUUAGUUUGGAUGUUACGAACGAUUUCUUCACCCAAAGGGUGGUCAGGCAUUGGAACAAGCUGCCCAGGCGGAAUCACCAUCCCUAGGGGUAUUUAAAAGAUGUGGAGAUGUGACAGUGGCAUGUUUAACAGUGGACUUGGCAGUGCUGGGGAACAGUUGGACUUGAUGAUCCCAAAGGUCUCUUCCAACCUAACUCAUUCUAUGAUCCUAAAGAGAAGAAGAGGAGGACAGGGAACGCAGCGACAGCCGCCACGUUUGGAAGAGACGUUCCCGUGCCUGAAGCACCGCCCUGUGUCGGGGCGGUUCCGCUUCCAGGGCGGGCAGCGGCGCAUCCGGCGGGUGACCCUGCUGAGUCCUUCUGUGCGGCGGCGGGGCCAUGGGGCUGCGGGACAGCGUCGUUCAUGCCGGGGAGCCCGAGGAGGAGGAGGAGGAAGAGCUGGUGGAUCCUUUAACCACGGUCCGGGAGCACUGUGAGCAGACGGAAAAAUGCGUGAAGGCGCGGGAGCGGCUGGAGCAGUGCGACGCGCGGGUGUCCUCCAGGUCCCACACGGAAGAGCAGUGCACAGAGGAGCUUUUUGACUUCCUGCACGCCAGGGACCACUGCGUUGCUCACAAACUCUUUAAGAACCUGAAGUGAAGGCGGGCACGAUUGUCCAUCUGCUUCCACAGCCCAUGUUGGUGGUUCCUGGAUUCACAGUUCUGCUCCUGCCCGUUCCUGGCAGCAGCCAAGUGUCAGCCUGUCUCUGCGUCUGUUCUCGUGGAAGAUGUGCAGCUACGCAAAACCCAUGUUGAUGUUCUGUAAUUUUCCAUAUUAAACAUUGAGUUCCCAUGGAAA